AUGCUGAAGGUUGCGCCAUUGCGGUUGGGCCUCCUGAAACAUACAGGCCCGUCGCUAUAUAAAAGGACUUUUGUGUCUCCCAUAUGGAGGUUCCGUGCAGGUAGUCAUCUGAACGUGAAUCGUGUACGCACACCUUUGCAUUUCGUAAAGAGGAGCCCAUUGAUACCCAGAAGGGUGUUGUAUUCUACAGAUGUAACACCGAAGGAACCGGAAAAGCAACCUGCCGUUGUUGUCCACCCUAAGCCAGAGGACGAGGGAACGUACAAGGACAUAUGGAGGUUGUUUCUACUGGUGAAGUCCGAUUGGAAGCUGCUCAUGAGCGCACUCACACUUUUAACAGUAUCUUGUGGGAUUGGUAUGUGUAUACCAAAGGUCAUAGGGACAGUGCUGGACUCGCUGAAGGAUAUUCAGGGCAAAGAGUUUUCUGAAUUGAUGAUCUGGGAUAUGUCCCUCAAACACUUCUUCUACGGGCUGUCUGGACUAUUAUUGCUAGGGUGUGGUGCAAAUUACGUCCGUGUUAUCUUACUCAGGAUCCUGAGUGAAAACUUAGUCGCCAAACUACGUGCAAACGUUAUCAAGCAUAUCAUUCAUCAAGAUGCCCAGUUUUUCGACACUUACAAAGUGGGGGAUUUGAUCUCUAGAGUCGGGAACGAUGCGUUCAUUGUAUCGCGGUCUAUCACACAGAAAAUAUCAGACGGUGUCAAAGCUGUCUUCAUAGGAUCAGCAGGUGUGGGUAUGAUGCUGUCGAUAUCGAUACCACUCUCGUGCUCCAUUCUGAUUCUAAUGGGGUCCCCGCUUUUGCUAAGUGCUAAAGUGUUUGGGAAACAGAUCAGAGAUAACUCGAAAAAGUUACAAGAGGUCACAGCGAACCUGACCAGAGUGUCUGAAGAACAAUUUAACGGGAUCAAGACUAUCCAAAGUUUUGUGGCAGAACAAUCUGAAAUGCACAAGUUCAACGGUUCCAUCAGAAAGAUAUUCGCGGUCGGGAAAGAGGCUGCAUUCAUCAACGCCAAAUUUUUUACAACUGCAUCGAUAAUUGGUGAUCUGAGUUUCCUUGUCGUACUCAGUUACGGCUCGUGGCUCGUAUUCCAGCAACAACUGUCUGUGGGUGAUCUAACUGCAUUCAUGCUCUAUACAGAGUAUACUGGGAACGCGAUAUUCAACCUGUCUGGGUUCUUUUCAGAGAUCAUGCAAGGUGCAGGGGCCGCGUCCCGUAUUUUUGAGUUGACCGACUUGAAACCAAGGAUCAACCCAACGAGGGGUUCAAAAUUCAUACCUGCCAAGGGUGGAGAAAUUGAGUUCAAAAAUGUUUCAUUCAACUAUCCAACAAGGCCUACGGUCCCCAUUUUCAGGAACUUAAACUUCAAGAUUGAACAAGGUUCCAACGUCUGCAUUGUCGGGCCGUCCGGUAAGGGUAAGUCCACUAUUGCGUGGUUGCUGCUCCACUACUACAACCCAUCACAGGGCCAGAUCCUUAUUGAUGGACAAGAUAUAAGCGCAUUGAGUACGAAGUCUUUGCGGAGACAUAUUGGGAUCGUUCAGCAGGAGCCUAUUCUAAUGUCAGGAACUAUUAGGGAUAACAUCACAUAUGGGCUCACAUACACCCCGACAAAGGAGGAGAUCAGAUCGGUAGCAAAGCAAUGUUUCUGUCACAACUUCAUCACCAGAUUCCCAGAUACAUAUGACACAGCAAUAGGACCGCACGGUACGCUACUAAGUGGUGGACAGAAGCAAAGGAUUGCUAUCGCAAGAGCUCUGAUCAAAAAACCCACAGUGCUGAUAUUGGACGAGGCGACCUCGGCGCUCGAUGUUGAGAGUGAAGGUGCCAUUAACUAUACUUUCGGGCAACUGAUGAAGAGUAAAUCGAUGACUAUUGUAAGCAUUGCCCAUAGACUAAGUACGAUCAGGAGGUCAGAAAACGUGAUUGUGCUCGGUAAUGAUGGGAGCGUUGUCGAACAAGGUAAAUUCAAGGAACUGUUUGCCAAUCCAGCCAGUGAGCUAUCCAAGCUUUUGAGAGAGAAGUCCUCAGGGAAUAACGCUGCCCCUGAAAUUCAACCUCAGGAAAUAUCACAGACUAUAGAGGAGGACCCGUCAUUUUCUGGUGAGGCAACACCAGCCUCUUCUGUGACGGGUUUCAAAGCCGAAACGGAGGCUGAAACCAUUAAUGAAGUAUUGAAGGACAUAUCGACAGAGGGCAAACCACUGAAAAUCCCACAAAAUGAGUGA